UGGGCAGGGAUGGCGACCGUGAUCCUGGAGCCCACGGGCCGCUGCGGCUGGGACAAGCCCGUGCGCAUCACCGUGCGCGGCCUCUCCCCGGGACAGCCGGUCACGCUGCGCGCGUCCCUGCGCGACGAGAAGGGCGCGCUCUUCCGGGCCCGCGCGCGGUAUCAAGCGGACGCCGGCGGCCUCCUGGACCUGGCGCGCGCGCCCGCGCUGGGCGGCAGCUUCACGGGGCUCGAGCCCAUGGGGCUGCUCUGGGCCUUGGAGCCCGAGAAGCCUUUUUGGCGGUUUGUGAAGCGGGACGUGAAGACGCCCUUCGCGGUGGAGCUGGAGGUGUUCGAGGGCCUUGAGCCCGACAUCGGGCGGGUCCUGAGCCGGACGGUGCUGGAGCGCGACUUCCUGCGGCCGGGGAUGCGGCGCGUGCCGGUGCGCUCGGGCCGCGUGCGCGGCACGCUCUUCCUGCCGCCUGGACCUGGACCUUUCCCAGGGAUCAUUGACAUCUUUGGAAUUGGAGGGGGCCUGUUGGAAUACAGAGCCAGCCUUCUGGCUGGUCAUGGCUUUGCCACGUUGGCGCUAGCUUAUUAUAAUUUUGAAGAUCUUCCCGAGGAAUUGGAUAGCAUAGACCUGACCUACUUUGAAGAAGCCGUGUGCUACAUGCUUCAACACUCCCAGGUAAAGGGCCCAGGCAUUGGGCUUCUGGGCAUUUCUUUAGGGGCUGAUAUUUGUCUCUCCAUGGCCUCUUUUUUAAAGAACAUCUCAGCCACAGUUUCCAUCAAUGGAUCUGGGUUAAGUGGAAACAAACCUAUAUACUACAAGCAGACUUGCAUCCCUUCAUUGGGCUAUGAUCUGAGGAGAAUCAAGGUCACUUUCUCAGGCCUCCUGGACAUUGUGGAUACACGGAAUGAUACUGUAGGAGGCUAUGAGAACCCCAGCAUGAUUCCAAUUGAGAAGGCCCAAGGGCCCAUCCUCUUCAUCGUGGGUCAGGAUGACCAUAACUGGAGGAGUGAGUUAUAUGCCCAAAUAGCCUCUGAACGGUUACAGGCCCAUGGAAAGGAAAAACUUAAGAUCAUCUCUUAUCCUGGGACUGGGCAUUACAUUGAGCCUCCUUACUUCCCCCUGUGUCCAGCUUCUGUGCAUAAAUUACUGAACAAACCUGUGCUCUGGGGUGGGGAGCCCAGGGCUCAUUCUAAGGCCCAGGAAGAUGCUUGGAAACAAAUUCUAACCUUUUUCUGCAAACAUCUUGGAGGUCCCCAGAAUAUAGCUUCUCCCAAAUUGUAAUGUGUUGGGUCUGUUGUCUGCACA